AUGGCCAAGUUCAAGAAGAAAGUCUCUACCAUUACUCGUGAAAAUGAAUCACAGAUUAAGACAGAUAAGUUGGCAGCUAACCGUUUAGCCUACAAGUCAAAGAACUAUCUGAACGCAAAUGACAACAAGAAGAAGAAAAAUACAACUGGCAAGGUUACCAAGGUGAACCCCCUGCUACCUAAGAAGAAAAAACCAAGAGUGUACACAGAAAAAGAGCUGGGAAUUCCCAAGCUUAACAAGUCGAUAGACCCUGAAGGUGUGAAGCGAUCGCGCGGAAAGAAGGGCAAGAUCUUUGCGGACAAGGAUGCCAUGAUGCGCAUUCUGUACAGUGUGACUGAGCAGGUUGAUAACCGCAAUGCAUCUAAGCUGGAAAAGGCGCGCCAGCUCGAGGCUAUUCGCGAAACUAAGCGCAAGGAAAUUGAGGCCAAGGAGAAGCAAAAGUCCGACAAGCUGGAGCAAAAGAAGAAGGAACUUAAAAGCAAAAAGAGCGGUGGAAAUAACGACAAUACUGAUACCAAAAACAGAAAGCAAAAGAAUACCAGAAAUGCUUCGUCCUCUGAGCCUGCUAAAAAGAAAAAGGUUGCAUUUGCUUAA